AUGGCUACUGUCGACAGCGUAGACAGGCAAAGGCCUGCGCUACCUUCUAUCAGUCACCUUGAUCUAGACAAGAUGAAAGUAGAACGUCCAGAGGGUCGGUUCCCUUCCAUCAACGCCAUCAAUACAUCUGCACCGCCCUUGGGCAGCCCUAAUGCCCCGUAUACGGGACCGCCGCCACCUUACUCAUACCACAAUGGUUCCAAUGGCCCGAGUCAACCAGGUUAUAUAUCGCCACCCGAGUCAACAACUAGAAAUCCCAGAGACGAAGUCGACAAGGUCUCGCCUCGAAAGUCGUUACCCUCAAUCCACGAGGCAUUACGUGAGAACAAAGAUCUUCCACCACUAAGCACUGCCACAAAUUCUGGGAUGCCGUCGACACCGUCCACAACUAUCUCACAGCACUUUCCAGAAGGAGCAAGAGGACCAUCUAACCCGUUCUCUGCCCCGUCGUUCCGAGAUACUUCUUUUUCAAGUCAGCUGCCACCAUCGACGUUGCCUGCCGAAAGUCGUCCCAAGGACGUGUAUUCAACGCAACCUCCGCCACAGUCACCCCGAAGCAACCUCCUGCCGUCGUUCCACUCAGGUCCUACCAUUGGAGCCAGCUCGACGUUCUCGUCUCGAACAGACUUGCCUCAAGCACCACCUCGAUCUCCUGACAUGGGACAGUCACGUCAUAGUUUCCAAAGUCUUCCUAGGCCACCACCAUCAGCGUACAGAGACGAGCCGUACCAAUUCUCUGGCUCGCCUGCUACCCACGAAACACGUGUACUUUUUGAUAGGGCGCCCGACGCCACAUACGAGAACACCAUCAAGAGACAUAUCGGUGUGCAUGAGGCAGCCAAAGAGUUGAGCGAGAUACGAGAAAUUUCUGCGCGAAAUGCAGACAUUGCUCAUAACUGGACGCAGCGAUACCAUCAAGGCAAUCGUUCUGGCUUCUUUCAGGAUUCUCUACCUGACCUCAGCGAGAUCGACGAUAUGAUACGUCACUCGCAAAUGAUGACAGAGAACCUGGCCCGAAUGCGAGAAGUGGUGAUACAGCAGCAGAAUGCGUUGUCCGAUCACCGUGCUCGUUUUGCGCGACCGCCUGGUGAAGAGGAAUAUCACAACAGGCAAGAAAGCUACGAUCCUAAUGGUUAUGGAUUGGACGCGAAGAAACGGAGAGGCAAAGCUGCACCUCCUGGCCGUUGCCAUAGCUGCAAUCGUGCUGAAACCCCGGAAUGGCGACGUGGUCCGGACGGUGCUCGGACGCUAUGCAAUGCUUGCGGCUUGCAUUAUGCCAAAUUGACCCGGAAAGUGGGCGCCGGGAAUGCUUCGAAGAUACGCGGCAGUGAUAUUCGACCGAAAAAUCAUGAUCUGGGACAUCCCUAG